UUUAAUUUAAAAUGAGUUUAUACAUUGUAGUGUAGCCGACUAACAAUUAAAUAAUAAAAUUUCAUAAUGGCUAUCAAAUAGCGCAUUACUUCCUGGGCGAGAUAAACAAACAUGAACAUAACUCCCACAAAUGCAUGCAACUACAUCUAUAGGAAUCAUCAGUCAUCGCUAUGCAUUUUGCUCGUAAACAAAUUAGAUUCUCGGGUUCGGGCCGUGUGAAUUGGUCGUCUUUCAAGGUCAAGAGGGUACACAUCGAAACUCGCGACAUUUUAUUAUUACUACUAAGAAUACCCACAAAUUCGGAAAGACAUAGUAAACACCGCAGUUACAUAUUUUUGCUUGAAUUCAAAUACUUGCAAUGGAUUUAGCUACGAUAAUUGCGGUCUUACAAGGAAGCGACGAUGUGUUACCUGAUUUGGACCAGCUCUCAACGACCCAGCAACAAAUUGUGAGCGAAGCAAGCAAAAUUAAUGACUGCGAUGCAGGAGGUCAAUAUUUUAUACUUGACCUCGACAAGCAUAACUCGUCCUCGGCGCCGAUUGCUUCUUCUUCGAACACUGACAAACCAAUCUCUUCUUGUCCUGAAAAUGCGGAACCAAUCACUUCCUGCACCCGUGAUGUGGAACCAAUCACUUCUACCAGAACAGGUACUUUAGAACCGGUAGCUUGCAGUUCUAGUAGUCCUCAUUUUCACAUUGCUGGAGUAGCACCCUCUUGUUCUCACGAACGAGUUAUCGCGAGUUCCUCAACAGAUCACUCAAAUCAAUCGAAUUCAAAAUUCUGCUUCACUGAGAGCAAUAAAGGAGGUAGUAUUUUACACAAGGAUGGUCAUAGGUAUCGUAUAAGUAAGAUUAAUAAAAAUUUAACUUCUCUGUGGAUUUGCACCACGAAAACCUGUAAGGCAUCAGUAACUUUAAAUAUAUUGAAAGAUGGUGUAAUUCGAGAAACAUCUCACACUUGCUUGCCAGAUUAUAAAGGGGAACAUGUUGCUAAGGCGCUGUCUGAAUGUCGCAAGAGGGUUAGAACUUGUAUGAAACCUAUACCAACUGUGUACGAGGAAACUAUGUCUCAUUUAAAAUCACAAGAUUUUGCUGACGAAAUACCUAUUUUAAAAAAUAUUAAAAGCUCCCUUUAUAGAUGUCGCAACAAAUUUCUUGAUGUUGAAAAAACAUCUUUUAAAACUCUCAGUGAAGUUAAAAUAUCAGAGACUUUUGGCAAAGAUUUUUUAAUGUUUGAUGAUGGAACUGAUGAGAAAAUAUUGUGUUUUAUUUCGCAAAAGUGCAAAAGUGUGUUCCCAAAUUUGAGCCACGUAUUUUUAGAUGGAACUUUUAAGGUAGUUCCCAAACCUUUUUAUCAAAUUUAUACAAUACAUGGUGAUUUGGGUAACGGCACUGUCGUUCCUUUAUUAUAUGCCCUUUUGCCAAAUAAAACACAAGAAACGUAUAAAAGAUUAUUUAAUCUUAUAAAGGAAAAAAAUCCUGAUUUUCGGCCAACUAACUUCAAAAUUGAUUUCGAAAAAGCCGCAAUCAAUGCUAUAAAUGAGAUAUUUCCUGAAGCCGUGGUAAACGGCUGCUUUUUUCAUUAUAGCCAGGCAAUUUGGAAAAAGGGCAAAAAGCUCGGGUUCACAGAGACAGAGGGUGGUAAAAAAUUUAUUGGGCUAUGUGCUGCUAUGGCCUACCUUCCACAUGAUCAUAUACCUGAAGCGUGGCUGUACCUACUGCAUAACGUCCCAAAUGGAGCCGCUGCAACAGCUUUCACCGAUUAUAUGUCCAAUCAAUGGAUUAAAAAUAGUAAUCUUUUCACAUGUCACGGGGAUGUGUACAGAACCACAAAUCAUGUGGAAGGUUGGCACAAUCGGCUCAAUAGAAGGAUCACAAAAAAUCCGUCACUUUAUCACAUCAUAGAUGUAUUAAAAGGAGAGGCUAUUGAAUCAGAUUUUAAAAUAGAUCAAUUGAAUAAUCACGUCCAUGAAAACGUGCCUAAAAAGCGACGCAAAACUGACAAUAAAGAUCUGGUCAUUACAAAAAUUAUUGAUGAUUUUCUGGGUAAAAAAAUUGAAAUUGGUAUUUGUCUGCAGCGGCUGGCUAAUGUCAAAAUAAUAUGUAAAAAAAAGUAA